AUGGCCGUCGGUCUAUUCAUCACGAUUUUCCUUCUUUUCCAUCGAAUUUCUUCGUCAAACAGUAGAGACGAGGGUUCGUCGUCCAUUGAUACCGUCCAUCCCAUCAAUUUGAGGUCUUGUCAAAGAAGUUUGAGUAAAACCCAACAAGAACUCGUCGAGGCUCGAGGAAAAAUCUGCGAACUCUGCGAACGACCGACGAAGAUUGGUGCUGAUUUGAAAGCCGAGAUAGAUUCCAAAGUCGCCGAAAUGUCAAGGACCUUUUCCGCGUUGAAGGCCGAUUUCGAGAGGGAGUUGAACGAAACGAGGGAGAAAAAUGCGGAGGUCGAGAGGGAAUUGAGGUCCGAAAACACUGAGCUCAGAGCCGAUUUAUACGUAUUUCAAUCCCGUAACGCAAGAAAGCUAAACGAAACGAUGGAAGAGAAUGCCGAGGUCGAGAGGAAAUUGAGGUCCGAAAGCAUGGAGCUAAAGGCCGAGUUAGCAACGAAAAUGACCGAAUUGAGGGCUCAAAUACAAUCUGAAAGGGAAAACAAAACGGCCGAAAUCGCGAAGUUGCAGGCAGAUUUGAAUCGAACGACGACUUUCUUGGAACUGGAAACUGGAUGGUCGUAUUGGGCAAAAACCGCUUCUUGGUACAAGGUGAUCGAACAAAAAAUGACAUUCGAUGAAGCCGAGGCAUAUUGUGGGGGCAGAAAGAGCCAUCUAGUCACAAUUCACAGUCAGGAAGCGAACGAUUUUGUUUGGAAACUCGCGAACACUCUUGAUCCAAAUGCUUGGUUCUGGAUCGGACUGAAGAGAAAUUGGAACGAAAGAUUUGCUUUUGAAUGGACGGAUGGAAGUUCGGUGGAUUUCGAUAGGAUUUCGGGUGAGCCGAAUUGGGGAACCCACGCUUUGGUCCUCGGUGGGAGAUGGGCGGUCGG